AUGAGAGAUUUGAUGAGGUUCAACGAUGAUCAAAACCUACAAGUUCCAUUCGAAGGUAAAACGAUUGUCAUUGAUGGGAAUUUUAGGAAAAUCUUGCCAGUGAUUCCAAAAGGAACAAGACAAGACAUCAUAAAUGCGUCUUUAAACUCCUCAUACCUAUGGCAACAUUGUGAAAUAUUAAGGCUCACUGUAAACAUGCGAUUGCAAUCUAUGACUACAGAUACUCAGGUAGAAGAUUUAAAGCAGUUUGCUAAUUGGAUUCUACAAGUUGGAAACGAAAAAUCAAAAGGAACAUCUGAUGGAUGUAGUAUGAUUAAAAUACCGCAUGAAUUCCUUAUCACUGAUUAUAAUGAUCUUAUUCAAGGAAUUGUUCAAGCAAUAUAUUUUGAUUACAUUGCUAACAUGGCUAAUGAAAGCCACUUGAAAGGCCGAGCAAAUUUAGUUCCUACAAUUAAUGUCAUAGAUGAGCUGAAUGAGUACAUGACUGCAUUGAAUAAAAAUGAAUGCAAGACGUAUGUGAGUUCCAAUAAAUGUGUUUUUGAAGGAGGUGUCAAUGCAAUUGAAGCCAUGCACACACCAAGGUUUUUACCAACAAUUAGGUACUCAGGGUUUCCAAAUCAUGAAUUGAAGCUAAAAGUUGGUUGCUCUAUUAUGCUUAUUAGAAACAUUGAUCACUCAUCAGGGCUUUGUGAUGGUAUGUGGUUGAUAAUUACAAGACUUGGAGAUAAAGUUAUCGAGGCAAAAUUGUUAAAUUCCAACAACUGUGUCGACAAGGUCUUCAUUCUGAGAAUGACAUUCACACCUUUAGAUGUCAGGUUACCAUUUAGAUUCCAAAAGAGACAAUUUUCUGUGAUGCUCUCUUACGCAAUGACAAUAAACAAAAUUCAAGAACAAUCCUUGGAACACGUGAGAUUACUACGUAAAAAAUCUAUUUUCAUACAUGGCCAACUUUAUGUUGCCAUCUCAAGAGUGAGAAACAAAAAAGGGUUAAAAUUUCUAAUUGCUCAUGAUGAAAACACAGACAAGACUGAGAAUGUUGUUUACCCUGAAGUCUUUAGAAAUAUACGACAAUCGUUUAACAUCGGGUAUUCUUUAAAGCUUUUAUGA